AAUCCCGCCUAGGGAAGGGAUAAAAGAGGAAGGUUCUUUGCGUCAUUACAAUUCUCUCAGUUGGUUUCUUGCAGCGGUGGUCGCGUUUUCGCAGCAGAGCUGGGAUGUCGGGCCGCGGGAAACAGGGAGGCAAAGUGAGAGCUAAGGCUAAGUCUCGCUCGUCGCGGGCCGGGCUGCAGUUCCCCGUGGGCCGCGUGCACCGGCUGCUUCGGAAAGGAAACUACGCCGAGCGAGUAGGAGCUGGAGCGCCUGUCUAUAUGGCGGCCGUGCUGGAGUACCUGACGGCCGAGAUCCUGGAGCUGGCGGGCAACGCGGCGCGCGACAACAAGAAGACGCGCAUCAUCCCGCGCCACCUGCAGCUGGCCAUCCGCAACGACGAGGAGCUCAACAAGCUGCUGGGCAAGGUGACCAUCGCGCAGGGCGGCGUGCUGCCCAACAUCCAGGCGGUGCUGCUGCCUAAGAAGACCGAGAGUCACAAGGCGAAAAGCAAGUAAACUUGGCUUGUUAGACUGCUCAGAUUUUUCGAAGCAUAACAUAUAACCCAAAGGCUCUUUUCAGAGCCACCCACACGAUCGAAAAAGAGUUGAGUUGCUUUCUUGGCGAAAGUGGUUUGAUAGUGAUAGUAAGUUUUUGUGCAUGUUGUGUUUACUUUUGAGAAGGAGGUAAGUCAGUGUUUGGUAACAAUGUUUUCUUGUGAGAACAAAAAGAAUGUUUCACUAUGAGAACAGUCAGGUAUUUCCACCUCAUUUUUCUUUUUUUACAGAAAGAACGUUGUAAAUGCUUCUACAAUAAUUUAAUGGUUCUUUUGUGCCUCUUGUGUAAGAGGAUUGCUGAGCUACUCCUUGUUCUCGUUUCAUCUGUUUUCAUGAUUUUACUUUAAAGGGUAUUUCAGGAAUUAUCAUGUUAAACACAGAGGGUUAACUAAAAAUUAAAUCUGAAAAGCUGUAUAUGGUAUGGAAGGAAAUAUAAGGAGAAUGCCCAAUCACACCACGUUACUACAUUUAAAAAUAAAGAAAUCUGUCUUUGUA